AUGGUCUUAUCAACGCACGCUGCUAUGCCCGCAUCCAGAGGCACAAUACUCCUGACGGGCGCAAAUGGCGGUUUAGGGUCCGCGAUCGUCUCGAGGAUUAUCUCCAUGCCCGAAUUCCGGCAUCACCACGGUAUCUACACCCUACGCAAUGCCAACAGCUCCGCAUCUGUGCUUGACGUCGUUCUGGAAAAAGCGGCAUCGCCCACUUCAUCCGCUACACCAGCCCAUACCCACGAGAAGAUAUUCCUCGACUUUUCAAAGCUUGACACCGUUCGGGAAGUAGCAUCGUCCCUCAAUCAACGGGUGGCAGCCGGCCAAGUGCCGCCGAUCUGCGCUAUCAUCUUGAAUGCGGGCUACGAGGAGUUUCGGACGCAGACGUGGACUGAAGACGGGCUAGACACGACGUUCGUGAAGAACUAUCUCGGGCACUGGCUGCUGGUGUUGCUUCUGCUUCAGAGUAUGGAUCGUGAGAAGGGUCGGGUGGUGUGGAUCAGCAUUUUCUCGCACAACCCGAAAGACCCUCGUAGCGUGUUUAUUCGGUCGCAUGAUGAGGACAAAUACAAGACCGUGAUCUCAAGAAGACUUGGAGCCGUUGGCGGAGGGCACCUGGAGCCCGAACCCCCUCCACAUGAUGCUUUCCAGGCCAUGCCUCAUGCUUACACGAGGUUUUCGCCUCUUCGAGAGGCGUCAUGCCUACAUACAGACCUGCGAAAUUUAAUGUUCGGCCAGAUGAACCUCACCAAGCUUGCGCUGCUUUCAGUAGCAGCGACCAGCGCCCACGCCGCGUGGCAACUCAGAGGGUAUAAUAAGGACGACUUGGAGGUGUACCUACGAGGCGACAGCGGCCCGAAGACUGAUCCCAUGGAGUGGACUGGCCAGGGCAUGGGUGGCUCGACGGGCAUAGAGGCAACGUUCACGAAGAACGAAAACGUCAAAGUUUGGUUCUUCGCAAGGAAAGAAGAUGCCAAGGCCAGAGACUACAAAAAGUUGGUGACAAUGGAGCUGGAAUACGACGACGAUCGGCUGGCUACGGAUGGAACGACAAACUGGUACAUCAUUGUCAAGGGUAGUGAGAAAUUGGAGACGGACUGGGCAUAA